AUGGAGCAAGUAGAACGGGGGUUCCCGGGCUCUCCUGAAGACUACACAGUAGGAUGGAUCUGCGCCCUCGAAGAGGAAUACCUAUGUGCAUGCCGCAUGCUUGACGAAGAACUUCCUGGGCCUGAAACAAUCGAUGAUAAAGAUGACAAUACGUACGUCUUUGGCCGCAUCGCGAAACACCGGGUAGUGAUCGUUUGCCUUCCUCCCGGUCGUUAUGGGGAGAGUUCAGCCGCUCGUGUGGCCCGUGAUAUGGUUCGAACGUUUACAAGACUACGUUUUGCGUUGAUGGUCGGUAUUGGCGGCGGAGCACCCACUCCCCAGAAUGAUAUCAGACUCGGAGAUGUUGUCAAAUUACAGAAUGGUCGCUUCCAACGGACAGGCCAACUGAACGCUCCACCGGAGAAACUGCUGGGGGUGCUACCGGAGAUGAAAAGACGUCACAACGACAAACGACUGCCCGAUCGACUUGCCGAGCAUCUUGCGCGCAUGGACGAUAUGGAGGAUUACAAAAAGCCAGACGAUGACCGACUCUACCAGACCGAUUACCACCAUGUUGGAGAAGAGGAUUGCAAUCAAUGCGAUCCUCGCAAGAUGGUCAAGCGCUCGAGGCGCCAGAAUGGUCGUGCUAUGCAUGUCCAUUAUGGUACCAUUGCGUCGGGAAAUUGUAUUCUCGAGAACGCCGUCGUGCGCGAUGCAUAUGCAACAGACCCAGAGCUGAACGUAUUAUGUUUUGAGAAUGAGGCUGCGGGUCUAAUGAACAAUCUUCCGCCUCUGGUGAUUCGAGGGAUCUGUGGCUAUUGCGACACUCAUCGAUACGACGAGUGGCAUAAAUACGCUGCAUUGGCUGCGGCAGCCUAUGCCAGGGAGUUGCUACUUGUCUUACGGCCACAGCGCGUCGACACCACGCCCAUUUGGGCGGGUCAACUUGUGCACGAGCUACGAAAAGCUGUUGCUAAAGGCACAGACUUUGAUCCUGAGAAUGGGGCAUAA